AUGUCUAUUACUCCUCCAAGAACAGUGGGCAGAUCCAACAACAACGUCAGAUCAUUCGAAAACUUCCUCCAAGGAUGGUUGGUUCGUCAAGAACAUUAUUUGGAAGAACUCCGAUGCACACUCUCAACGUCCCACCAAUCAAAAGACGAAGAUCUUCGAGAUUUGAUCUCUCGUGUGCUUUUCCAUUACCAACAAUACUACGAGGAGAAAUCCCGAAUCGCUAAGCACGAUGUUUUUCUGGUUUUCUCUCCGCCCUGGUUCUCCCCUUUUGAACGGAGUUUUUUCUGGAUCGCCGGUGUGAAACCGGGACUAGCGUUUCGGGUGGUCGGUAGUUCGGUGGAGGAUAUGAGUGAGGAGCAGGUUGAGAGGAUGGAGAAAUUGAAGGCGGAGACGAGGGCGGAGGAGAAGGAGUUGGGUGAUGAAUUGGCGAGGAUUCAGGAGGGUCUGGCGGCGCCACCUGUAUUUGAGGUGGCGAGGAGGGUGGCGGUGGAGGAGGAGUGUGGUGAGAUGGAUUCGGUGAUGGAGACUUUGAGGGUGGAGAUGGAGUCGGUGUUGGCGAAUGCGGAUAUGCUGAGGACACGGACGGCGGAGAAGGUGGCGAAGAUAUUGACGGCGGUGCAGGAUGUGAAGUUCUUGGCGGCGUUGACGGAGUUGCAACUCAAAAUUAGGAUGUGGGGGUCCCACUUGAGUCGGUGA